CUCCACUUUGAGCGCGUGGUCCUCGAUUUCCCUCAGUCGUGUGCCUUUCAUCUUCUUUAUUUCCUUGUCAAUUUCACUCUCACCUCCGCCUGCAACAAACAAUUCUCUCUCCUACGUCACCGUACACAAGCAUAUUGCAACCUCUAACACACUCGCUACUACUGCUGGACAGUAAUCACUGCUUUUGAUCACACCAACACUCAAGAUGGCGGCAUCAUCUGUGUCGACAGGUGCCGAAACCCUCAGGCCUACCAAUAUCGAGAUUCCUACUACAAGCAGCACCAUUGCAGCAGAGGAGGGCCCCAUCUCGCCGCGCUCAUGGCGACACCGAACAGUCACAUACCAGCCUCCUUCGCGCGUACAGACAACAGGCAGUCUUGAUGCCGAAGACUACUUCAUUGGCCCUCGCGACAUGGCUAAGCACUCGAAAUGGCCGUUCUUCCUGCGUAUGCACGGUUCCGUACUGCCAAAGAUGAUCAUUCCCUUGAUCGUCGUUACCAUCUGGUCAACUGCGAUCACCGUAAUUUCGAAGAAGCUUUAUCCUUUGAACGUCAGCAACUUGCUGUUGACCGUUCUCGGUUUCGUCGUCGGUCUUGCAAUCUCGUUCCGUACUAGCUCUGCCUAUGAGCGAUACACAGAAGGCAGGAAGUACUGGAGUCAGCUGCAACUCGUGAGCCAAAACUUGGCACGCACGAUCUGGAUUCAUACCGAUGAGCGUGAGGGCGAAUUAGGCAAGGAGGAUCUUCUGGCGAAGCUUACUGCUCUGAACCUUCUCAACGCAUUUGCGUGUGCCGUCAAGCACAGACUCCGAUUCGAGCCCGGUAUUGACUACCCUGACCUCAAGGAGCGCAUCGAGUACCUCGACACAUUCGCCAAGGCUGCCGAAGUCGACAUCCCCAAGGCCCGCGAGUACAGCAAGCUGAAGUCUACUGGCGAAUUCCUGGGCGUCACAUUCGCUGAGUCGAACCCCCGUAAGAGGAUCAAGCGCUCCAAGAAGCCCCUCGGCAACCUGCCUCUCGAGAUCCUAAACCACUUCUCUGCGUAUGUCCACAGCAUUAUCAACAACGAGACCCUCAAGAUCGGUCUUUACCAGAACCAAGCCAUCACUGGUGUCGUCGCCCUCAACGAGUGUCUCGUUGGUCUCGAUCGUGUGCUCAACACCCCUCUCCCCAUUGCCUACUCCAUCGCUAUCUCCCAGAUCACGUGGGUCUACGUCAUGGUCCUGCCGUUCCAGCUGUACGCGUCGCUCGAGUGGAUCACCAUCCCCGGUACGAUCUUCGCUGCCUACAUCAUCCUCGGUCUCUCUGCCAUCGGUCGCGAAAUCGAGAACCCUUUCGGCCACGACGUCAACGAUCUGCCGCUCGAGGCUUUCUGCGAGGAGUUGGAGAUGGACAUCGACUGCAUCACCGCACAGCCUGCGCCUGUCACUUUCGAGUUCAUGCGCCGCGAGGGUAACAUGCCCAUCUGGCCUUUGAGCUACAAGAGCUUCAACGGCUGGGCUCAGCGCAGCAAGCAGGACCUCCGUGAUGCAUUGCUGACAAAGACCAAGGCGGACAUGGUCGUCAGGAAGAGUUUCGCAGUCCCAAGGGCUGAGAGUAAUGUUGAUGAGAAGGCGGCUCACCAGGUGCAGCAGCAACACCAGGAAGCAUGAGCAUCGAAUAGGAGAGGAGCGUGGUAGAUUGUACAAGGGCAGGAGUGUGGCCCGUCAGCCUUUCUCUCUUUCCUGCGUGCAUAGCGAUGGGUUAUGGCGUUUCGGGUUCUUUUCACACUUUCUCUUCUCGGCACCAAGAACCUCCAGCAUGGUGCUGUUGAGCGCUGUUGUAUUAUCAUAGUGGCGGCUGUGCCUAUGUGCCUGCGUUCGCAUUAGAUCCAAAACAAAAGUUGUCAAUCACC